UCUGAUGAUACCUUUUCGUGUAGGACAAUUGCAUUACCUUUUGGAGGGGAUUCGUGGCAGAAUACUACUCACCUCGUGCAAAGCAAAGGUUGUGCUUUUCACAGUACCAAAGUGUUGGGAACAUGCUUGGCACGUUAGUACCACGGGAUAUGUGGCAGUGUAGUCUCUGCGGCACCAAGUCUGGAAAAGGAGUUGAGGCAACUUUCGAUGUGCUUGCCAGACUAUUUGAAACCAAAUAUGCUAGUGGCGUCGUUGAUGAGCUCUUAUCUCUGGAAGGUCAACGAGAAUACAGACUUUCCAAUGGACUGAUGGUAUUGGAAUAUAGAAAAACGGUUCAGACAACUGUAUAUGAGCAGUGUCGUGUUGUUCAUGAGGGCCCUCUUCGCAUCAUAUUCUCUCAAGAUUUAAAGAUACUGUCUUGGGAGUUUUGCACUCGGCGUCAUGAAGAGUUUAUUGUCCGCAGACUUAUUGUUCCGAAGGUGAACCAGUUGCUUCAGGUUGCACAGAAAUGCCAGAGCACGAUUUUGGAAAGUGGGUCAGAGGGAGUUUCUCAGCAGGAUUUACAAACAAACAGUAACAUAGUCUUGGGAGAAGGACGAAAGCUGGCAAAGGUCAUGGAACCAGAGUCUCUGAAUCAACAUGGCUAUCCGAAAAAAUAUGCCAGAGCUCUACAGAUACAUGAAGUUGUCAAGAGCAUGAAUGAUCUUAUGGAUUUCACAUUCGAGCACAAAAUCGGCCCUAUCGAGGGGUGGAAACGGCUUUCGGAACAGACAGAGACAAUGAGGCUCCAGAGACAGAGAAUGCAAGAGAUGGAGCAGUUGGGGAAUAGUGGAGCAAUGAUGAAUAGGUGGUCAGCUCAAUCUCAGAUGGACGGCCUUACUUCUGGCAACAACAAUAACUCCUACAAUCAUCACCAUCAUAGCUCAGCUCAAGCCGUUGCUGCUCUGACCAACAACAACAACCAAACCAUGCUUAUGGGGAGGCUAAAUGCUAUGAAUACGGGCAGACUAGAGGAGGGAUUCCCGAGUCAGCGUCCAACCCCAAACCCAAACCAGAGUCCAUAUUGGUCUGAUCAGAGGCAGAACUUAGCAACAGGUGGAUUUCUCAGCUCUCCCCAGAUGCAACAGCAGCAGCAGCAGCAUGGCACUCCCAACACGCUUCAGCAGACACAUUUGCCACCAGAAGAUGCCACAGAAAUACCUGACGAUUUCUCAGACGACAACUUCCAGUGAUAAAUAGGGUAAAGCUUGUAGAACAGAACAUAGGCGGUUGCUACUUUGAGUUUAACAAAGUGAAAGUAGGCUUAAUUCUUCUCAUUUAGGUUGGUUUGUUGGUGUUUUGUAUAGAAACCAAAGGAAGUUGUAAACCUACACAUAGGCACUUUAGUAUCUUCUUCUUCACACUGAUGUAAUCUCAAAAUAAACAAGUUGUGUAUAUAUAUUCAUCAGUCAAAGGGGGUUUUUUAAGCUU